AUCCUUAAAGAUAAAAAAAGGAAAAAUGUAUAUAUAAAUAAAUUUUCGUGUAACUGCUUAAUUAUAACUUCAAGAUGAAGCAAAUAAGUAUCUUGCUGUGUUUUUUGUUUGCUGGGGCUCUUCCCAGCAACGUUUAUUCGCAAGAAAACAACGAGUAUGCUAUUGAUCCCUAUAUUUUUGAGGACCUUAUUAACAAGACCAUAGAAAGUCUUAGGCCAAGUAUUCCGGAUCCUUUGCAAAUCGACAAUCUUCCACUUUCAUUUCCGGACGAUGAAACCGCUGUUAUAAAAGGCAAUGCCAGCGUUUCCAACUUGGAGCUCACAGGACUGCAGGGCUUUGAAGUCACAGCUUUGCAUUUUGCCAUCGUUGGAAUGCAACUUAACUUCACGUUACUUCUUCCCAAAAUAGACUUUUUUACUGAUUACACUCUCAAUCUGCUUCUUGCUAAUACCUUGCCAGUUUGGGGAGACGGCAACGUUACUCUUAAUCUUGAAAACGCCGAGAUUCAGGCUAGUGCUCAAGCCAAUCUCACAGGCGGAAUUUCCGUGGAAAAUCUCCACGUGCAAGUUUCUCUAGGCAGUGCUACACUUGAACUGCAUGGACUACUUGGUGAUGAAGAACUGUGUGACCUGAUCUCUGCGAUUUUCAAUGAUUUGGUUGCAAAACUGGUUGACGAAAACCAAAAUCUUAUUUCCGAAAUUUUGAGCCCGAUUAUAGAGGCCGUUAUUAACGCCAUUUUGGCUGAUAUUAUUCCCACGACCACCGCCCUUCCUGAAUUUGUAACAAAUGGCUUGAAUUGAUUUUCUUAUAAUAAUAAAAGGAGAAAUAAUA